AUGGCGCCAAACGAUUAUGAGUCUGUAUGACUCCUUAAGUCUAAACUUGCGGCACGUGGUGAUUCGCGAAGUCGAAGCCUGAACAUUCCAGUACUUUUUGCUUUUUUGUGGUAGUUAGCAUCUCGUCAUUCUCGUGAAACAGCAUCUUAGUACGGACGUCGGACGGCGACAGUAUUUAGUGGUGCAGCACAUUCUGAGAUUCGUUUAAUAUUCUAAGAUUUCCUCGCUUGUCCAUCGCCAAGAAUGACUGACGGAGGAUCGCAGAAAUCCGUAACUUGUCUUCGUACUACCGCGUGGCUCUUCGAAAUCCCAGUGGAGCGCUUCGAAGGAACGCGUCUCGGAAGGGCAAUGAUGUAUACCGCAACUAUAAAACUUGACGCGAAGGAAGUUGAAACAUUUCGGUAUUCCGACUGGGAAGGCGGCAUCCUGGAAAGUGACAGUCGUGACCAGUGAGUCCCGGAACACCGCCACCUUCAAGAUCGAACCAGCUUUGAGCAAGCAGCUGCUUGUCAGCAAAGUGCCGCUGCGUGUUGAAUGUUCCAUCAGCGGAGCAGGUGGACAAUUCGGAGAACCGUACAGUGUGACUAUCGAUCGGAAAGGCUGGGCGGUGAAUGAAGUCGGUAUGUCGGGUCGGUCUUUGACGAUUUCUGUUAGCCAAAAGUCUGAUCCUCCAAGUGGAUACUAUUACGUGGUCAAUCCUGGCACCAUUAUUAGUGGGAGACUGGCGUUUUACCCGAAAACUUCCGAUGGCGGAUCUAAGGAUACGAUGCCGCCGUAUCAACAUCCUCUGGUAAAACGCUUCGGUGCUCUCCUGGAGAAUGGACGCCUUGCCGACUGUAAACUGGUUUCCCGUGAUAGAAAAGAGUUCGCCGUUCACCGUGCCGUAUUGGCUGCCCAUUCGUCGGUAUUUGCUGCCAUGUUCGAAAAUAACAUGAAGGAGAAAUUGUCGGGACAGUGCGAUAUAAAGGAUAUCGAUGGUUCAGUCCUGGAAGCACUCAUCAAGUUUGCCUACACAUGCGCUCCGUUGGAGCUGCCGGCUGCGGAUUUGCCGGUUUUGUACGACGCUGCGGAUAAGUACGAUAUGCAUGAUCUUCGGGUCCGCUGCGAAGAAGAAAUGGUUGGAGCGAUCAAUGUGGAUAAUGCGCUGCAGUAUCUGUUGUAUGCCAAAGAGCGCCGUCUGCAGGAUCUGCAAAUGGCGGCCGCCAAGUUCAUCGGCGAGAAUGGCGGCGAAAUCUGAGCGCUUGGACGCCAUGACGUGUAUGGGUUUGGAUUGGCAUGCCCGUGCGGAAAGAAUGGUUAUUUUUCCUGCAAAAAUUUAUGAACUUAUACGAAUGAGUCGGUUUCUGCCUUUGAUCAGGAUUCGUGAACGGCCUCCCAAGCACUGUUGACUGAGUGCGGGCCGAUCGUCAACUCUUGCUUUUUCUGUUCCUUUUUUAUAAACACAAAAUACUGUAGAACUUUCGCUGGCGUUUGGAGACUGAGAUCACAUUUACGGCUGGAUGUUUUGUUGUUCGGGAUUAUUAACA